AUGACUUCUACGCCACCACCACCACCACAGCAGCCGCGCCAUAGCGGCGGCGACCAACAUUUUAUUCACGGUGAUAUGACGGCAUCUCGCCGCCGGAGCCAAUCGUUCUCCUCCUCCUCACCGUCACUCUCUUCAAACUCAUCAUUCACAUCGUCACUCUCCUUCCGCGGCGAUCAUCACACCCCAAUGUGUCCUAGGUCACCCCUACAAUUCAUGGGCGUCCCAUUUUCCUGGGAAAAAAUCCCCGGCAUUCCCAAGCAUUCCAACAAAAUCAGCGACGAACGCUCCCUUCUUCCGUUGCCUCCUCCCGCCGGGAAACAGAGCUUUCGCGACGAAUUCUCCCCCAGAAAAUCCGGCGGAGGUAGCUUCCGGGAGGACCCGUUCUUCGCGGCGCUCGUGGAGUGCUCCAAGGAGGAGCGUCACAAGAGCUCCUCCAAGAUCGUCACAAAAAGUUUAAGCGAUCGUUUCGGAUUCAUGGGCUUAUACGCUGCGGCUUCUUGUAAAACUACUUGCGCCGUCUCGGAAUCCAUUGUUCAUCUUCCAAGAUCAAGAGAUUACGAUCUUCUCAGCCGCAGAUCGCGGCGGUGA